GGCGGGCUGGCCCGUGGAGCCGGUCUGCAGCUCGGACCAGCGGGGCCGAGAAGCCGGCCCGGGGGCGGCAACCAUGGAGGCAGCGGCGCGGAGGCGGCAGCACCCGGGAGCGGCGGGCGCCCCGGGGGUGCAGCCGGGCGCCUCCUUCCUGCAGGCCAGGCACAGCUCUGUCAAGGCUGAUGAGGCCGCCGGCACAGCUCCCUUCCACCUCGACCUCUGGUUCUACUUGACCCUGCAGAACUGGGUCCUGGACUUUGGCCGCCCCAUUGCUAUGCUGGUGUUCCCUCUCGAAUGGUUUCCGCUCAACAAGCCCAGCGUGGGGGACUACUUCCACAUGGCCUACAACAUCAUCACGCCCUUCCUCCUGCUCAAGCUCAUCGAGCGGUCCCCCCGCACCCUGCCGCGCUCCAUGAUCUACAUCAGCAUCAUCACCUUCAUCAUGGGCGCCAGCAUCCACCUGGUGGGCGACUCCGUGAACCACCGCCUUAUCUUCAGCGGCUACCAGAACCACCUGUCGGUCCGCGAGAACCCCAUCAUCAAGAAUCUCAAGCCAGAGACGCUGAUCGACUCCUUCGAGCUGCUCUACUACUACGACGAGUACCUGGGCCACUCCAUGUGGUACAUCCCCUUCUUCCUCAUCCUCUUCAUGUACUUCAGCGGCUGCUUCACUCCCACCAAAGCCGAGAGCUCAAUGCCAGGGGCAGCCCUGCUCCUGGUGGUGCCCAGUGGCCUGUACUACUGGUACCUGGUCACCGAGGGCCAGAUCUUCAUCCUCUUCAUCUUCACCUUCUUCGCCAUGCUGGCGCUCGUCCUGCACCAGAAGCGCAAACGACUCUUCCUGGACAGCAACGGCCUUUUCCUCCUCUACUCCUUCGUCCUCACCCUCCUGCUCGUGGCGCUCUGGGUUGCCUGGCUGUGGAAUGACCCUGUGCUCAGGAAGAAGUACCCGGGCGUCAUCUACGUGCCUGAGCCCUGGGCUUUCUACACCCUCCACGUCAGCAGCCAGCACUGAGUCCCGGGCACCAGCCACCCGGUGUGCUCUGCCCGCCGGGGAGAUGGACCACAGAGGGCAUCUGAGCGCAAGGUGUGUGUGCGCGCGUGCGCGGAGGGCAUCGCUGUGAGACGUGAUUAUUCUGGUCAAGUCUCUGUUGGGUUGGGCUCUUUCCAGGAUGGGAUUUCCAGUGUGUCCAGGCCAAGUUCCUGCCUUCCUGUACAUCUGACUGCAGUCAGGCCCUCUCACUCUGCUCAGGGCUGGUCUCUUCCUAGGGUGCUUCUGGCUCACUCUGCAGACCCACCCUGACCCUGGAGGCCACAUUACACAGGUUACAUGAACUUUCUGUGUAUUACUGAGCAAAACACAUCCUUCCUCUAGGCCUCAUUUGCACCAGAUGGGCCCACGGGCCCCAAGUAGGUCAGUGGGCUGGUUUGCAGCCUCGUCUUGGGGCACCUCAGGCUGCUUGGGGUAGUGGGCCAGCCGACCCUGGGGGCCAGAGACCCGCCCUCCUCCAGCACCAUUGGCCUGAUCUCAGGGUCUGGCCGUGGUAGCCCUCCAGAUACCUCCUUCUCCUGGAAGCUCUGUCUCCCCCGCCCCAAUUCAUGGCACCCCCUUCACAUCAGCCUGACCACAGGUUUUUGAGCGGCAGCUGAAGGCCAAGUUCUCAUGCACUUGGACUAUUCCCUGAGCCCCUCAGUAGGGGCAGGGGGCGUCUUGAGGUUCUCUUCAGUCAGCCCUGCCUCAGCCUAAAUGUCAUGCCUUCUGCCAGCUGCCCUGCUCCCAUAACAGGGAGGCCUCAUUCCCAGCAGGAUACCCCCGCCCCACGCCUGCCCCCAGGUCUCAUCCAGCUGCAGGGACCACAGCCUCACUUCACCCAGCACCAGCCCGUGGCUCUCCGGGGGGGGGCCUGCCUCGCCCUCCCCAGGCCCUGUCUCCUCUCCAGUGUUACUCAGGGAGCCCUGUGCCUCAGAUUCCUCUUCUAUGUGUGGGUCCCCCCGCCCCAGGUCAGGCCCCAUCAGGUGGUGAGAGGUGUGAAUGAAGGCGGUGUGAAGCCAAGCCUGGCCGGCUGCUGCCGCCUCCGCGUUUGGGUAUGAAUUUGGGAGGUGGGAAGUGGGAGGUCCUGGGAGCAGGGGAGGGAGUGGCUGGUCUGGGGCCCAGGCAGGAGCCCUGGGCCGACCCCGGGGGCCUGCUCAGCCCCACCUGGCUGGGAGCAGAUGCUGCCAAUGCCCACUGCCCCUCCAUGCCACUUGGUAGGACCCCAAGGUGGGAGUGAGCCCCCCAGAAGGGCCGCCUCGGUCAUUCCCAGCUCUCUUUGGGGGGUCUGGGGGCCGUGGGGGUGGGCUCCACUAGACGAGAUGCUUGCACCUUCAUAUGCCAUGCUGUGGUGAGAAAAACAUCUUUUGAGAAAAGCAACUUUGUUUCCCAGAGUUCCUGGGCAGGGGCUCUGAUAACCCUGCUCUCCCAGAGUCCUGACCUUUAGAAUAACGACCUGAGUGUACGAUUCCUGCUGUAUAAAUCCCCGCUUUGCUCCACCCCCACCCCCAGCACCUUUUCACAUGACCACUUCGAGUUUAAACCCAUGAAAAGUUGGUGACCUCGGUCCCCGCCACCUUAUGAGGAACAGGUGCUUGCUGCCCUGCAUGCUCUGGACCUGGGGCAGAGGACUGCCCUUCCCCCGGCUCAUGGCGACCCCUGGCUUCUGGGACCUGAAAUGAUCAAUCUUGUGACUACUUCGUUUGUGCGGAUGUGCCUUCAGUCAAAACCCCGUGGGUUUCACUUUCCCAAAGCGGGAGCUGGAUGACGGGGGCGCUGCCUGCCGCCCCUGUAUGGCUGGUUCGUGCCCCCUCAAUCAGUGCGUCACAGUCUGCAUAUUCUUAAUUCAAUACACCAGCUCUGGCUUCUCAGCACACAAGGGCCCCCACCUGCCCAGCAACCUCCUUUGACUCUUUCCCUCCCUCGAGGACACUGCUCUUCCAAACCCUGUCCUGGGCCUGUUCUCCACAGAAGGGCUUAAUGGCUAUCUUCUGAGCAGGCACAGACCUGGUUAUGUGGGUCUGAAGUGCGUACGAUUUGAGGGGCACUUGACAAGAAAACAGUAAAAGCAUUUAUCUAUAUGAAAGUGAAUAUUUUGAAUGGAAAAAAAAAUCAGCAAACUAUCGGGGACUUGGAGAUUCAUGUCCCUCUUGACCAAGAUCUCUGGGCAAUUUACUAGGAACACUUUCCUAGAAAUAAUUUAUAAUUACAACCUGGCUUCACUCCACUUAGAAAACUAAGUUAGUGGUUCUCAAAGUGUGGCCCUAACUGGCAGCAUGUGGAUGGCAGAAGGAGAUGCAAAUUCUUGCCCCCUCCCACCUCCUGAAUCAGAAACUCUACACUGGAAAGUAACACAACAUUGUAAAUCAACUACGCUUCAAUUAAAAAAAAAACUAGUGAUGGGGACCUGCAGGUGAACAAAAUCUCGGCCCCCAAGUGGGAGGGCCAACUGUUCCUCACGGUGCACUGAAGUGUGGCAUACAUGGGACACAGUAAAGCGUGCAGCUUGAUGAAGUUUUGUGUAAUGAACCUCAUGUAGUCACCACCCCAUGCAGGUGUUCUUGAUCAUUAUGCACACCACUCUUUGGAGGCUCCUAGAAACCGAAAAAAGGAGUUGGCAAGGGUGUGUCAGUUUGGUUGCCUUUGGGGGCAGACAGCCCCAAACCCCAGCACACACUGACCUAAACCUAAACCCAGUCCCUGCUUCAUUCGCAUGACCAUCCAAUCCUCUUAAUCUUAGGACUUGGUCAGUAAUUCCCUGCGUGCUUGCCCCUCCCCAGCCGCUGGUUUCCCUGGUAACUGAUAAGCCAGCCUGAUGUCAAUUCCCGCUAUAACUCUCUCCGAGUAGCAAAAACUGCUGCUAUAUGCUGUGUGCCGACUGCCAUGCACGGUGGGGUGUCUCUCCAGGAUGUUGCUUCGGACAUGUAAGACUCCCCUACCCAACACAUUGUUGACAUCUCCGUCACUGUCUCAGGGCUAUUUCUUUGGCCUCAAGGUGGGGCAAUUACAGGGCUCACAGGCCUGUGGGAUGCAGCCCAUCACUUGGAGAGCCAACCAGGAAGCCACGGAAACUCCCCUGAGCACCAAGAUGUCAGGGAACAAGGAUGGGGAAUGGAAGGUUGCAGGGGAAUUCGGGGUGGCCGCACACUUGUGUGUGGGGCCCUGUGGUGACUGUCCUUGAUGAAUGGGGGCCACCAAGAGACUACAGAGAAUCCAGAGACACCCUGGGUGUUGUGGAGGUGUCGGGUGCCAUUACUGGGGGUAAAAAGAAGCCAGACGGUGAGGCAGUGGCGGCAGCCGUGGGCCGCCUGCUGGCACGGUGGAAGGGGAGGUAGCUUCCCCAACAGAGAGGCUGGAGAGUCAUGGCGCAUCCAGAUUGGAACCCCAAGGUGUGGGACCCUACCGACAGCACUGAGAAAGAAGAGGUAGAAGAUGGGGAGAAGGUCCUAGUGGACCCUGUCCCACAGGAUACAGAUGAAGAGCAGCUCCCUCGCCCAGUGCGGAGGCAGCUAACCACUGUGAGUCUCUGUCUUCCAUCAUGUUGAUGGUGCUCUGUUAACCUCAGAGUCGCUUUCCAGUUUAAAAGCAGCAGCCCCGGUGGUAUCCCCUGUGGCUCGUGGCUCACCUGGCUGCACAGAGAUGGCUGGUAAAUGCAGACAAAACACAAGGGCCCGGAUUAUCUGUCAGAUACUUGGGUGUUAUCUUGUUGGAUAAGACGAAAGUGGUGUCCUCAGCAGUGACCGGCAAAAUACAAGCUACCCCCGACCCACCACCCCUAAACGAUUACAGACAUGUCUAGGGCUGUUGGACUAUUGGAAGCCUUUUAUCCUGCAUCUGGCCCAACCAAACUUUGCAAGCUUCGUACAGCUUUGGAAAGAAGCAGGGUGCCAGAUUGGGCAUGGAGAGUAAGACGCCUUCACCCAAGCCAAGGUGGCUGUUAAGCAGAGUCAGGCGUCAGGGAUACUGACUCAGGGACAGGCUUGUAAAUUGGACGUGGCUAGCUACCUGGAAGGGUUAGGCUGGGGACUGUGGCAUCGGCAAAAUAACGAGUACCCUUGGGCUUCCGUUCCCAAUUAUGGAAGGGGGCAGAAUAACAACAUACUGUGAUGGAACAAGAGCUAUGUGCAAUCUACGAUGCUUUACGACAGCUGAAAGACAUUACCAAAGGCAGCCUGGUGACUAUGUGCUCAGUAUCCCAUAGCUGGGGGGGUAAAGGAUACUUUCUGGAAGGCCCAGUCCAGGCACGCACAAGUCCAGCCGUAGCUAAGUGGCAUGCCCGUUUAAGUCAACGUAGCACUUUAUCUAUUAGCCCCUUGAAUGCAGUUACACGCUGUCUUAAGCCCGGUUACCUACACCACUGGGGGCCCCGCCAGCCUGACGGAGAUGCUGAUCCUCCUGAUACCAUCUUCAGUGGAAGAAGGCCGAGGCCCCACCCCUUGGAGGCACAGUGCCACAGUGCACAGAUGCGUCUGCGCGGGGUGGUCCAUGCAUGUGGACCCCAUUGGGCACCCAGCCUGUGAUGGACAGUAUCCUAGUGGAUGUAGUGGAAAGCCCCACACUGCGUGGUGGCAGGGCGCCCCCUAUGGGGAGAGGACACUGAUAGCUCCCAAGGAACCCAUUUGACCGUCCACGAAGUUCAGGAAUGAGCCGGUAAAAAUGGCAGACACUGGCAUUUACACAUGCCCUCCAACCCCAUCGCUGCCAGGCUAGUCAACAGGGUGAAUGGGCUACUUAGCCAACAAGUGAGAUGGGAAAACUGCUCUCCCCACGUGUGGACCAGGAAGCUAACUCAAGCCCUGUGAGCUGUGACUCGACAUCCCAGAGCAAUCGUCCCAGUGCGUCAUUGCCAUGUUAACCCAGAGACAACUAGUCCACCCCACAGUUCAACUGUCCACCACUGAAGGACCAUUGCCAACUGUCAGUCAGGACAAUAACCUACUUUUGCCCCCCGGAGCUACCCCCAGGGGAAUACAUUAUAAACGGCCCUGGAGUUGGCAAGUAAGUCCCCAGUGGUUUGGGUUUGCCGCCCAGUGGGGAAUAGGAUUAGAAAGAGACUUUAGACCAUAAUUCAAAAAGACACCUGCACCCCAAUGUUCACAGCAGCACUAUUUACAAUACCCAAGACAUGGAAACAAACUAAAUGUCCCUCGACAGAUGACUGGAUAAAGAUGUGGUAUAUUUAUACAACGGAAUACUAUUCAGCCAUGAAAAAUGAUAACAUAAUGCAAUUUGCAGCAACAUGGAUGGCCCUGGAGAAUGUCAUUCUAAUUGAAGUAAGCCAGAAAGAGAAAGAAAAAUACCAUAUGAUAUCACUCAUAUGUGGAAUCAAAAAAAAAAAGAAGACAAAUGAACUUAAAUAUAAAACAGAAACAGACUCAGACAUAGAAUACAAACUUGUGGUUGCCAGAGGGGAGUGGGAAGGCACAGACUAGGAGUUCGAGAUUUGUAGAUACUGACAGAUGUAUAUAGAAUAGAUAAACCAGUUUAUACUGUAUAGCACAGGGAAAUACAUUCAAGAUCUUGUGGUAGCUCAUGGUGAAAAAGAAUAUGAAAAUGAAUAUAUGUAUAUUAAUGUAUGACUGAAGCAUUGUGCUGUCCACCAGAAAUUAACACAACAUUGUAAACAUACUAUAUCUCAAUAAAAAAAAGAAGAGACAUAGAGA